AUGAGAAUAAACACAGUUGUUACCUAUGGUGCAGUGAUUUUAUCAUGGAAUAAAGGCCUGGUCAAUUCCAUGUCUAUUGAAAACGAGCUAAGAGAUCCACAUAUCAAUAUUGAUUCAGAGAAGCCACCAGAAGGAAAGUCUUGGGAAGAAUGGCAUAUGGCACAAGAACAUCAGUUGGAGACUUAUACGCCGGAACAAUUUUUUGCUUUGCAUGAUAUAAAGAAAAAGGGGUACUUAGACGCCAAUGAUAUUUUAUCUCUUUAUGGUUUGGAUAGAAGUGAGGUGGUUGGUAAAGGUGAUGGUAUGGGUCAACAUGACGAAAGUGAAAAGAUUGAUGAGGGGAUGGGGACAAGAGUUGUGAAUUUAAUAAUGAGGUUAUUGGAUGUGGAUGAUGAUUCGAAGAUCUGGAAGUCUGAAUAUUUAGAUUUUGCCAGGCACGGCAACAAGUUCCCAGAUUUAGGAGUUGGUGUUGGCCAUCAUUCAGAUUUUGAACUGGAAUAUGAGAUCCAUCACUGGAACAUGUAUCAUAAGGAUUCAGAUCCCGAGGUGAAGAUUGUACACAAGGAGGAUGUAGAGCAUGAACUACUACAUCAUGAACAUGAAAUUGAACAUGAGGAGAAGAUUCAAAGAGGUGCAUCCCGUGCCACAGUUAUUACAGAUGAUGAAUUAGAAUCACGCAUUAACGUUGAAAAUAUCCCGGCCAAUUUCAAAAAUGGUUUCUUUUAA